AGAGAGGCCGGCGAUGGCGCUCGACUUCUUGGCAGGAUGCGUUGGGGGUGCCGCAGGUGUGCUGGUGGGACAUCCCUUUGACACCGUUAAGAUGAGAGAUAAGCCUCAUCACUGGAGAGUUACCUAGUACGCCUCCAGGUUCAGAGUGUAGAGAAACCUCUCUACCGAGGGACUUUCCACUGCUUUCAGUCCAUUAUCAAGCAAGAAAGCGUAUUUGGCCUGUAUAAAGGUAUUGGGUCACCCAUGAUGGGCCUGACCUUUAUCAAUGCCUUUGUGUUUGGGGUCCAAGGCAACACAAUCCGGGCCCUGGGAAAGGACACCCCCAUGAACCAGUUCUUGGCUGGGUCUGCUGCAGGCGCCAUCCAGUGUGUGAUCUGCUGCCCUAUGGAACUGGCCAAGACUCGGAUGCAGCUUCAAGGCACAGGCGAGUACAAACUGAAGACAAGGACCUACAAAAACUCCCUGGACUGCCUGGCGAAGAUCUACCAGCAGGAGGGCCUGCGGGGCAUUAACAAAGGCAUGGUGUCCACUCUGAUCCGGGAGACGCCCAGCUUUGGCUUCUACUUCCUGACCUACGACUGCCUCACCCGCUCGCUGGGCUGCGAGCCUGAGGACAGCUUUGUGGUGCCCAAGCUGCUGUUGGCGGGUGGCAUGUCUGGGAUCGUGUCCUGGCUCUCUACCUACCCCAUGGACGUGAUUAAGUCCCGUCUCCAGGCAGAUGGUGUGCAGGGCGUCCAGCAGUACAGCGGCAUCCUUGACUGUGUGCGCAAGAGUUAUCAGGUGGAAGGCUGGAGGGUCUUCACUCGGGGCCUCACGUCCACCCUGCUGCGGGCCUUCCCGGUCAAUGCAGCCACCUUUGCCACUGUCACCAUUUUCCUGAUGUACAUGCGGUCUGAGGAAGUGAUGACAGAGUGUGAGGCCACCCUCCCUCAGCCUUCCAGCUUGUAAAGAUUUGCCCCCAGCCCCGGGAUGUCUGCUGUUCACUUUUGACAUGGCCCUCUCCCCCUCAGAGCUGGACUUGGCCCUCUCCUAUUUUUUGUAAAUGCCUGUUCUUGUAGAAAACUAUAUAAACAAACUCUACUAAGCUUUUUCACCUGACUUGGCCUGGGCACCAUCGUGUCCUCUGGGGAGCCUGGGUAUCAUCCCUCCUGGUGACACGGCCCUUCCUUCUGUUGCUUCUUGGGAAUGUAACCCCCCACCUCUGUUCUAAGCACCUCUGAUUCUGGGGCACACCGGAGUGAAUUCUUUUUCUCCCUGUGCCAGCAUUCUGACAGAUUCUUUCCAGGAUUUUAAUCAACCCAACCCUUCUCCAAGGGGGUCACAUCUACAGCACUUUUGAAGAGCUUGGAGGCCAUUUGUCCUUGGGCCUGGUCACAUUUUACUUUCUUAGGUUGGGCCCAUCUGAUUUUUCUGAGCCUUAGGUUCAGAGAGCUUUAUCAUGUGAUCAGAGCAAAGGAUUUGGAGUCAGGCCUGGGUUUGAAUGUCACCUCUGUUCCUGUGUGACCUUGUGCAACUCACUUCUUCCAUGGGAUUCAGUUCCUUUAUCAUAAAAUGAGGGUGUUGGAAUUGGUGAUGCCUGUGGUCUUUCCCAAACUAAAUUGUAGGACUCACAGUCAAGGCAUGUUGUUGGCUUCCUGUUCUUCUUACCCCAGAGGAUGUCUUGGCUCUGUAGGCUAAGAAACUCUUCCCCUUAUUCAUGGUCCUGGGUCAGCAAGCAUUUCACUCAGGAGCAGUACCGCAGCGAGGUGCCCAAGCAGAGAGGCCUAGGCAUCAGUGCCCAGCAAGGCGGCGCCUCUUCCACCCUUCCUUAGUAACAUGGUGGUGUUUCAUGGAUAAUGAAGUCAGCUAACGUUUUUAUCUUGUUAAACUCGGGACAGGGAGAACUAAUGGAGUCGGAUGAGAGUUCCACCCCCACCCCCACCCCCUGCACUGGACAUUUUGAAUGAGCGUUUCAGGCCGUAAGCCCACAGUGAUGUAGGUAGACGUGGCUUCGGCAUAUUGAGAAGUGUACUGUAUCAAGUGUGGACUCUGGCAAUCUUUGCAUUUAUUGCUGUCUGAACGGCGGCAUUCUCGUUUUUUUGAGGAUCUAAUAAGCCUUGUUAAUGCAAAUACUUUGAUGAUGGGGAUGAGCUGCAGCCACAUUGUUUCCUGGGAAGCAAGGAAAUGGCUCUCUCUUGGUGACAGGUGCAGGGGACGUGGGGCAGGUUUGGGGAGUUGAGGGGAUGGGUCCUCUUUACAUUGUAUUUUAAGAAAACACAAUUAAGAGCAAUUUGCACUAUCAGAAAUUGUGCUGGAGACACUUAUUUUCUGGAUCCAAAUAUUCGGCAGAAGGCAGAGAGGGAUGUUGUGGCCAUGUGUAGGCUCCCGCUGAGGUUCAUGCUGAAAGUGCAAUGUGUCACCUAAAGUUUAUGUACGCAAGUCAGUGAUAUCUUUGUAAGAUACUCUGUAAUUAUUGUACAGACUCAAUAAAAAAUUUUUUAA